AUGUUUCGCUUCAUUGUGGCUAGGCCAUUCACUGUACCAAAGGUAAGGCCGGUAAGACGACUUUAUAGCACGGUCAGGACAUCGACUGUUGACUGGAAACCUAUCAAAACAAAGAAGACACCUACUGAAGGAUUUCAAAAGAAGGAAUCACGAUGGGGUAAGCGUAUUUUUCUAGGACUGAUGAUUGCCAUGCCCGUGAUCUCGUUCUACUUAGGAACCUGGCAAUUAAGAAGAUUGAAAUGGAAAACCAAUCUAAUUGCUUCCUGCGAAGACAAAUUAACCUACGAUCCUAUUCCGUUACCUAAAACGUUUACACCGGAUAUGUGCGAAGACUGGGAAUACCGCAAGUGUACUAUGACCGGUAGAUUCUUGCAUGAUGAAGAGAUUUUUGUCGGCCCCCGUGUUAGAGGAGGGAUCAAGGGGUACGUUUUAUAUACGCCUUUCAUCAGAAAGGAUACGGGAGAAAGAAUUUUGAUUGAACGUGGUUGGAUCUCGGAGGAGAAAAUCGUUCCAUCAUCUCGUAACUUGCAACAUUUGUCUUUACCUCAAGGCGAUAACGUGACAAUUACAGUGUUAGUGCGUGCAGCUAAAGAUUUGACAUCAAUGCAAUGGAAGAAGGAAGACAGGGAGAGUAGAUUGUGGCAAGUCUUGGAUAUUAAGGAUAUGACAGAGAUGACACAUACUUCUCCUAUUCAUUACCAAGCUCUUUACGAUCUGAAAGAUCACCAUUGGGAUGAAGAAUCAAAAUCUGAGGGUAUCGAUAACAAAAACCAAUCAUCUUGGAAAUUCUGGUCUAAAAAGAAAACCGAAACAGAACCACAACAAGAAGAAUCCGAGAAACCACACGUCAACACGAAGAAAGUAAAUACAGCAGAUUCGGAGACAGGAUUGGAAUUUAACGAGUUCCAAUUCGUUAAAGCGGGAGUGCCUAUUGGUAAAGCACCAAAGAUUGAUUUGAAGAAUAAUCAUUUACAAUAUUUAAUUACUUGGUAUGGGUUAUCUCUGCUUUCAUCUAUCUUCCUUAUCAUUGCACUAAGACGUGGUCGUGGUUCCGCUAUGUCACAGGAUGAAAUAAAGAGGCAAAAGCUAAAACAUGCCAAGAAGUUCAUGUGA